CAACAAAACAUAUCCGCCCCUGACUGCAGCUGGAUGGCAAAACGUUAUUGAGUUUACAUCGAUGAUCGAUCUUUUGACAGAAUCUGGAAAAGCAAACUUGUUUUUCAAUGAACUAUGGCCACAGUCAGAAAGGAUGACCGACUGACAAGAUCUCAAAGUUUACUAUGUGUCGGUUUCGCAGGGAUUUUUAGCAAAACCGUAACAUCACCUCUGGAAGUCGUUAAGAUUUUGAGUCAAAUAGGAACAUUUCACUGUAAGCGCGGCUUCGUGCACAGCUUUGUUGUCAUCCAUCAGAAUGAGGGACUACGAGCCUUUUGGAAGGGUAAUAUGGUUUCCUGUCUACGGUUGUUUCCCUACAGUGCCAUACAUUUAGCAACAUACAAAAAUAUUAUCCACCUACACAUUGAUGAACUGGGUGAAGUCUCACAAUGGAGGGCCAUAGUGGCAGGUGGGCUGGCUGGGAUAUCUGCGGCUUUAGCCACAUAUCCAAUGGAGGUGGUUGAAACAAGAUUAAUUGCUCAAAAUGUCAGAGAAUUGACCUACAGGGGGCUGCUGCAUUCUCUUUCCAGCAUCUACAGAAACGAAGGGCUUCAGGCCCUCUACAGAGGCUUUUCCCUCACAAUAUUAGGUGCCGUUCCCUUCUCGGUUGGCUGCUAUGCAGUGUAUGUCAACUUGGACAAGCUGUGGCAGGAACGUCAUGUUCGCUUUACAUCUUUACAGAACUUUAUCAAUGGCUGUCUUGCUGCUGGAGUCGCUCAAACUCUCUCCUUUCCCUUUGAAACUGUAAAAAGAAAGAUGCAGGCCCAGAGUCUUCUUCUGCCACAUUGUGGAGGAGUUGAUGUUCAUUUUAAUGGGAUAAUGGACUGCUUCAGACAGGUCAUCAAAAACAAGGGCGUCAUGGCUCUUUGGAGUGGCCUUACAGCUAACAUGGUGAAGAUCGUCCCCUAUUUUGGCUUGCUCUUUAGUUGCUUUGAGAUGUGUAAGCAAGUCUGCCUUUACCGGAAUGGCUAUAUAAUUUCUCCACUUAGCUACAAACCUAAACCUGGUGUGGAUCAAAGUCUGGGCCCAUAUGAACUUCAGGAGUUUAAGCGCUACUUGAAAAAUAGAAAUUCGCAAAGACCACAGAAUACUUCUUUAGGAAAUCGGUGGUAAUAUGGUUUCUCCCUGAAUAUACUACUGACUAUUGAAGACAUAAUAGGUUUUGGAGGUGCUUCAUGGCUAUUCUGCAUACAUUGAUGUGUGUAAGAUGGUUUUAUGCCUGAUGCUGGAACUCCUUAUUCAUGGUGGUACUUUGCAAAGUGUACUUGGUUAUUAUGAAGAACAGUGUAACUGUCAUUGUAUUUAACAUUUCAUGGGCUGUACUUGAAGCUCAAUCCACAUGUUCUGUAGUAUCUCAGACACAUCAGACGCACAAAAGGGCGAAUCUUAUUAGGCAGUAUUAAAUGUACAGUAUUGUUUCAAUGUUAUUCUGUAGACUCAUUUAACUUAACACUCCACUGAAAUCGUGUUUGUGGACGAGAAUUGUGGAAAUUCUUUAUUUGAUUGAAUCACUUCUCAGGAGAAAUGUUGAGUAUCAUUCAACAGCACAAAUCAAUGCCUUUGUCAAACAAAGUAUUAUUCUUCCAUUGGUUUUCAGCUCUUGGACUUUUAAAGGUCUUCUGUUUAUUUAUAAGCACAUGCUUUUAAAGUGGUGUUUGGGUGUAGUUUGACAUUUGCUUAUUUGAUAAAUAAGCAGCCAGAUUGUGAAUCUGGAUCGUAAUCUCUUGAAUUCUGCUAAUCUGUACACAUAGUAAACAAUGACUCUGAUUAGGUUUGGUAAAAAAGAAAGUGUUUUCAUGGGAUUCAUAUUUUCUUAAAUGUGGCACAUAAACAUGUAAGUUAAAAAGCACAUUGUAAAAUACAAAGCAAUAAACAUUUCUUAUAACCUG